UUACAUAGCUUAUCAGAAACCUUAAGACUUAAUCCAUAUGUCUUGGUUUUAUGCUUUACCUAGAGUAAGGUGGCCCGAAUGGCAAGAAAACAAAAACAAAUAUUUUUUGCGUGUGUGUUUCUUUACAAUAAAAGGCUUGACAAGUACAACAUGGUGUUCCAAAGAAUCUUUUUCAGUGUAGAAUUGUUCAGUAAAUAUGUGUAAUUUUGAAAAUGGGGUACUGAGCUCUACAACGGGCAAGAAGAAGAAAAAAAAUACAUUAAAAAUGGACCCUGACUUAGUCCAUACUUGCUAACUUACUUUAGCAAGAUUUGCAAAAGUUCUCAACUUACUUUUGCAAAAUCUUGCUAAAGUAAGUUAGGGUCCAUUUACUUUUAAUUUUUUUUCUAGAUGUCCAUUGCAGGGCUCAGCAGUGAUGAAAUGCAGUCCAGACAUCUUUUUUAUAAAUCAUCAGAAUUGCCAUUAAAAUUGAGCUAACUCUUAAGCUGUGAACCAGAAACCUAGAAAAAUGUUUUGUAACAUUGCACAUACUACAGAGAGUGCCCAUCUUAAUUCACUGGACAAUCAAACAAGUAUUAGAAAACUUCAGUGUUACCUUUUUGUUUUUGCCUCCUUGCUAUUCCUCAGGUUUUGCUCCCCUAGUUAGAAAACCAUUUAACCCAAAUGAAAAACAGUGACUGGUAGCAGAUUCAUCCUAUUGGUUACAGUGAUGACAGACCAGACAUCAUUACUGUCCGUUUUUUAUGGAUAAUAGUAUUCCUUUAUGAUGCAAAAAGCUGAAAAGAACCAAAAAAUGAACGAAAGAAAAAUAUGCAAAACUAAAAUAACGCAAAAAAAUGUUUAGUUUUUUUUUUUUUUUUACAUCUCAAAAUGUGUUUAUUAUGUUUUUGGUAGUUUAGAUUUGAAGUAUUUUGGUUACUUUAUUUAAUUAAGCAAUUUCUCCAACCUGUACUUGAUUAGUUUCUGGUUGUGCUGAGUCUGACACUGGAAACUUUUUUUUUGUCUGUUGUGGAAAAACUGGAACAACACAGAGGAAUGACAGUCACUGCAGUGAAGACUGCUGUGACACACUGUAACAAGCUGCUUUUUAAAAAUCACACAUAAGCCCCACUGGAUGGACGAUUGCUCUCUGGAUCGUUGGUUCUCAUCAGGUAUUGCAGGUCAACUUUAUGAUUUUAUUCAAAUUAUUCUGUAGACAUGUUAAUAAUCAAUAGAUAAUUAACUAUCUCUGGUGGAAAUGCAUAGAAAUAAGUCACAACCGCAAGUUUUAUUGGGUUUCAUAGCUUUCAUAGCUUUCAAUCUUUUUUGCUUGUUGUAACAAGUUUUAUGCCAAAUGUACAUUUACCAAUAAGAUUAUAAAUCAACUAAUUUUUUAAAGAAUCUUUUAAAAUUUGUACUUUAGCUUUCUCCCUUGAGUUUCUGUCUGUGCUGCAAUGAUCCACCAUGACACUAAAUUAAACAUAAGACAUCUGUCGCUAUAUGUUUAUGUCUAUAGUAUAUGUUAAAUGUUCUUAUGAAGAAAGUUUAUAUUUCUUAUGAAGAAACAUAAACAUUCAGCCAAGACAAUAACAUGUAGCAAAACCAGUUAGAUAAACAUCAGAAUGACUGGAAUGGCUGAACAGGGUUUCUUAAAAUUUACAGUGUACUCUGUGCUUUGCGGUCUUCUACUCUGCUUUAUCUGGUGCUCUCCAGUUUAAUGGCGGAAUCUGAGCAGCUGUUGACCCAGAGGUCAGAAGGGAAGAGGCCCAACGGACACUGCAGAUGGAGCACUCACUCCCUGGAUUCAAAGGCGGUGGAGGAUUUCAGGAGGAGGCUAAAGUAUUUUUUUAUGAAUCCAUGCGAGAAGUACAGAGCCAGGGGUCGGAAACCAUGGAAACUCAUGUUGCAAAUACUGAAAAUUGUCAUCAUCACAGCACAGCUGGUCUUCUUUGGCCUGAGCAAUGAAAUGAUGGCCACAUUCAAAGAGGACAAUCUAAUGACAUUCGAACACCUGUUCCUGAAAGGAUUCAAGGACCACUGGCAGGGAAACUACGCUCUUUAUACUAAAGCCGACCUGUAUGAUCAUAUCUACCACAUCAUCAACACGUACACCAAUCUUCAGAACCUGACUUUAGGAAAUCAUGCAUAUGGGAAGAUUGAUGGCAAGUACACCCCGCUGUCCAUCUGUCAACUGCUUUACAAAAACAGCACCAUUGAUCCAGAGAGAGACACCUUCUACAUUGAUCCACACAUUGAUGCAGAGUGUAUUUCCAUAUUCCCGCCAACAUCUCUUGAUAAUACUAAUCUGGAAAAAAACCUCAACUUCUCUGUAGAUUUCAAAAGGCUUGUGUCAGUUAACAUCAACUUCACUCUGAAAACCAUCAAUCUGCAGACCGUGAGGCACCAUGAGCUACCAGACUGCUACGGUUUCCACAUAAAGAUCAUAUUUGAUAAUUGUGCACACAGUGGAAAGAUAAAAGUGAGUGUCAAAAAUGAUGUUCGAAUUCAUGAGUGCGAAGACUAUAACGUAAAAGACGCCUCUGGGAAAAUUGAUUAUUUCGUCUUGAUGUUUGAUUCCUUGGUCAUCUGCGCCUGUUUUGCCUCCCUCACUCUCUGCAUGCGAUCUAUUGUCAAGGGCAUUCAACUCCAGUUUGAGUUCAAAAUUUUCUUCCAAACCCACUUUAAUAAAUUGGUGACUUGGUCAGAACGCAUGGAGUUUGUGAAUGUCUGGUAUAUAUUUAUUAACAUCAGUGACACGCUAACCAUCACUGGGUCAGUGAUAAAAAUAGGAAUACAAACCAAGUUCCUGACCAACUAUGAUGUCUGCAGCAUCUUACUUGGAACAGCCACCAUGCUGGUGUGGAUUGGUGUUAUUCGCUACCUUGGUUACUUCAAGAAAUACAAUGUAAGAGCCUUCUCCUCAGUUCUGGAUAAUAUAUUCUGUCCAGAGAACCUAAAACAACGCACUUCCGUUCAGAUCCUAAUCCUAACCCUGAGGGCUGCCUUUCCUAACGUUAUCCGGUUUUGCUGUUGCGCUGCCAUGAUCUACCUUGGAUAUUGCUUCUGUGGUUGGAUUGUCCUUGGACCUUAUCAUGACAAGUUCCGAACAUUUAACAAAGUGACAGAGUGCCUCUUCUCUCUCAUUAACGGAGAUGAUAUGUUUGCCACCUUCGUUAAUAUGAGAGACAAGAGCUACAUGGUGUGGCUUUUCAGCAGAAUCUAUCUAUACUCCUUCACAUCUCUCUUCAUCUACAUGGUGCUCAGCCUGUUCAUCGCCCUCAUCACAGACACCUACGAAGCCAUCAAACAUCAUCAGAAGGACAGCCCACCAGUGUCUCUGCUUCAGGCCUUCAUAGCAGAAUGCCAUGAUCAGCCUGAAUUUGGACAAUAUCGAUGUGAUGAGGAGUCUUCAAGCUGCUGUUUUUCUCCAUGAGGCUGGUUUCAAAGAAUUGCAAGGAUGUAGAGUUAACUUUGAGGACAAAGUUGUUGCAUAUGAAGGUCUCUGGUAGUAGCUGGUGAUAAAAGUGUCUGGAGGUAUUUUUCAAACUGCCCUGUAUAAUAGUGUAAUGCAAAGGAGAAGUUAGAUUAGCCGCAGUUUCCUAAUUUAGUUGCACAAAGACCUGUUUAGAAACCAGUACAACAAUGUAUUGUAAAAGGAUGCUUGCCAUCUUUGCCGUCUUAAAAAAAGGGUAUUCUGUAUUUUAGUCAUACAUUUUGGGGUUGUUAAAAUUUAUGUCUGAGUCAAUGUUGACCACUGUUUUAUUCAGCACUCUGUUGUCUUUAACCUCAUCAAGUCCAAGGAUUUCUAGCAAGUUUUUUGGGACCAAAAAUGACAUCAGGAAACUCUGAUCCAACUCCUCAUAGAUAUUUUCAACAUUUAUACUGUGUCUCUGUGGAGAGAUCUUGCACGAACUGUUGUAAUACUCCAAAGCAAGAGGGAUUAUAUAGAUGUUAAGCAUGGAGAAACUUUGUGUGGUCUUUGUUUUCUCUAAUUUAUAAUUACUAAAGGACGCAAGUUAUAUUCAAGGUCCUGGUUCUGUUUUCAAGAACCAGGACCCGGACAGACUAAGAAGUGUAACCACUUCUUUACCUCCUUGGUAAAGUUCACUCUUGGGUUUUAGAAAGAAAGCUCUGACUGAUUGUCAUACGUCUGAUUCAAGAGCAGAUGUAUGCUCUUGAACACGUCUGAGCAAAGUCACCCAAAACUUUGGGUGACUUUGGUGACUCACCCAAGGGAUCGUGAGAUUGGUUGGCCAGUUAAUAUGUGUUUUGUGGAACUUGAGAAGGCUUACAACCAUGUCUCUCAAGGCAUUUUAUUGACAUCUUACACUGGGCAUAAGAUGGUGAAACAAGUUUCCUCCAUAGUUUGAUUGGGCCCUAAUUGUAUAAAUAAACAAUACUCAUGCAUUUAUUAA